CUCCUCUCAAUCACCCACACCACAAGAAUUCAAGCUAUUAGCCGUGAGAACACAACAUUAAUCAUGGAGACUACUUGGGUCCUCCUCUCCCUCUCCCUUUCCCUAUGCGUCGCCCUCGCCUUCCUCCUCAAGCCAAACAAAUGCAAGCGGCGCCUCCCGCCUGGCCCCCCCGCCGUCCCCCUCCUCGGCAACCUGCUGUGGCUCAACCACUCGCUCACCGACAUUGAGGUCGUCCUUCGCGACCUCCGCCCCCGAUACGGCCCCAUCGUCACCCUCCGCAUCGCCUCCCGCACCUCCAUCUUCGUGUCGGACCCUCACCUCGCCCACAAGGCCCUUGUCGAGCACGGCGCCGCCUUCGCCGACCGGCCCACCCCGCUCCCGGCAUCCCGGUUCCUCAGCAACGACCGGCACAACAUCACAACCGCCUCCUACGGCCCCGUCUGGCGCCUCCUCCGCCGCAACCUCGUCUCCGAGACGCUCCACCCCUCCCGCAUGAAGCUGUUCGCGGGUGCGCGCGCGUGGGUCCUCGGCGUGCUGACCUCCAAGCUCCGAGCUGAGGCUGACCGCGAGGCAACCGGCGUCGUGGUCAUGGAGACCUUCCAGUUCUCCAUGUUUUGCUUGCUCGUCCUGAUGUGUUUCGGCGAGAAGCUGGACGAGGAAGCGGUCACGGCGAUUGAGGUGGCCACUCGUGACCUUCUCCUCUUUAGCCGUCAGCUCAACGCCUUCGCUUUCCUGCCGCGGAUAGGCAAGUACUUAUUGCGCCGCAAGUGGAACACCGUCCUCGAGCUGCGACAGAGGCAAAAGGAUAGGUUUCUCCCAUUGAUACGCGCUCGCAGAGAGCAUAAGAUGACGAAGCAAGACGGCAACGAGAGGUUCGUCCACUCCUACGUGGACUCGCUCCUGGAUGUCGAGAUCGCGGAGGAAGGAGGGAGGAAGCUCACCGACGACGAGCUGGUCGACUUGUGCUCGGAGUUCAUGAACGCGGGCACGGACACGACCUCGACCGCACUGCAAUGGAUCAUGGCGGAGCUGGUGAGGCACCCGGAGGUGCAAGAGAGGCUGUGGCAGGAGGUCGUGGCCGUCGCGGGGAGCGAAUCCGAGGAGGUCAGGGAGGAUGAUCUCCACAGGAUGCCGUAUCUGAAGGCGGUGGUGAUGGAGGGGCUCCGGCGGCACCCGCCGGCGCACUUCGUGCUGCCGCACGCGGUGUCGGAGGACGUGACGCUCGCGGGGUACGACAUACCGAAGGGCGCGACGGUGAACUUCAUGGUGGCGGAGAUGGGAUGGGAUGAGGGGGUGUGGGAGGAGCCACUGGAGUUCAAGCCGGAUCGGUUCUUGGAGGGCGGCCCCGGGCAUGGGGUGGACGUGACGGGGAUCAGGGAGAUCAAGUUGAUGCCGUUCGGGGUGGGGAGGAGGGUCUGCGCGGGGCUGGGGCUGGCGAUGCUGCACCUCGAGUACUUCGUGGCCAACUUGGUGAAGGUGUUCGAGUGGAAAGCGGUGGCGGGGGAAGACGUGGAUUUGAGCGAGAAGACGGAGUUCACCGUGGUCAUGAAGCAUCCACUGCGCGCUCGGUUGCUUCCUAGGAAGAAGAACAACUACUGAUCGCCACUGCGUUGCCAUUCCCACUGCAUAUUGUGGGGGCUUUCUCUUGCUGUUGUCAGUCGCUUCGUGUUGGACGUCAAUGCUGUUUUUGAAUUUUCUUUUUCAAAAUAAAAAAAUAAAUUUAUUGCCA